AUGAGUUCUAUGAGCCUCUAUUAUCAUGGAUCAGUUCAUAUUUGUCUGAGAGGAAACAGGUUGUUAAGAUCAAUGGCUUCUGUUCCAGCCCACGAAUUUCUGUUGUUUGCUGAUGAUAUCAAACUAUUUAUCCGUAUUGACACCGUUGAAGAUUGUAAACUUUUACAACAUGAUCUUGAUGCUGUCGUUCUUUGGGCGAGGGGACUAGGCUUGGAGUUUAAUAUCCCUAAAUGUCAUACCAUGACCUACACUCGUUCCAAUGAGCACGUUAUGUUUACAUACACCAUAAAUGACAUUGCGCUUAAGCAGCCAGGUGACUGUGUUAUGGACCUUGGUAUUACCUUUGAUCGAUCUCUUACUUUUCGUACUCAUAUUGAGAAAGUUACAUGUAAGGCUUUGAAGUUUCUCGGUUUUGUUAAAAAAAUUUCGGCUGAAUUUAAACUAUCCAACUCUCUUAAAACCCUAUAUUGCUCUUUUGUUCGGUCUAUAUUGGAGUAUGGGAUAAUUAUUUGGGAUCCGUGCACAUUCGAUGGUAGUAAUCAACUGGAAAGAGUUCAACGUAAAUUUUUGAAAUUCGCCGCUUCUGCAUUACGCAUUGAGUGUGUUCCUCACGAGUAUCAACCUGUACUGCAAAGCCUCCAUUUGUCUACUCUUUGUGACAGGAGGAAACAGGCUAAUCUUAUGUUUCUUUCCAAACUUCUAAAUGGUGAAGUCGAUUCCCCCGCCCUCCUAUAUAAACUUAAUUUCCGAGUUCCAAGUUUCUAUUCCAGAUUCUCUUUCCCUUUCCAAAUUCUUUUUAGCCGCUGUAAUUAUCUAAAAAAUCGUCCUAUAGUCCGUAUGAUGAAAAUGGCCAACGAGGACCCACUAUUCCUUAGUACCUAG